AUGAGACAUGUACCUAGCAAAAAAUAUCCCGCUGAUGUCGCGAGCUGUGGUGGGUUAAUUAAAGAGGGAGAUCAGUUGUGGUGGAAGGGUCCUGACUGGCUAAGUAAACCUGACGAAUGGCCACCAGAUCAAAGGACGACUCGCACUACAGAGACCGAUGUUGAAGUGAAGCUAACAAAGCAAUUGUUUGCCUUGGCCAAGGAAGAAGAGGACGAGUUAGGGAACUUGCCCUCUACGUUUGCUUAUUGGAAGACCUUGAGGAUUACGGCCUGGUUAUUACGGUUCCUUGGAAACAUUCGGUGUGCGAAAGAAAGAAGAAUCGAAGGCCCACUUACAACCGGUGAUUUAGAGAAAUUGUUUGAUCACGAAAGCUCAACAACAAGUUGAUGAAACCUUUACGAGAGAUCAAUUGCAACUUAAUUUACAAUUAAAUGAGGACGGUGUUUUAGAAUGCAGAGGAAGAGUUCAGGGGUUUUACCCGGUCUACAUUCCUAAUUCAUCAUUGCUGGCAAGAAAAUUUGUCGAACAUGCACACAAGUCCACACUUCAUGGGGGAGUCGGGUUGACAAUGGUGAACGUUCGAGAAAGACAUUGGAUCCCUCGUUUGCCACGAUUAGUGAAGCGGGUUAUUAAAGAUUGCCAUGGAUGCAAGAGAUUCCACGCCAUUGCUUAUCCAACACCCCCUCCAGCGAACUUACCAACCACCAGAACCGAAGGAUCCACUGCAUGGGUCCACUACGUUAUUGAAAGUCGAAAGGAAAAGAAGGCAAGGCGUAUAUGUUAUACGCUUGUAGUCUUACUAGUGGAGUAUACCUCAAAACUUCUGCCUAACAUGGAGACGUCCAAGUGUCUAAACAGCCUCCAAAGAUUCAUCGCUACUUGUGUUUUUCGGGAGUUGAAUCGCUCUCAAUCCGCAAGCUUUCAAACAAAAUAAUACAUGUUUAGGAUAAGUGACAGAAGAGUAACUUCCUAAAGUUGUUCACGUACCAAGUUAGCUCGUUCACUCGUGUAGAAUUGAGCAGGCCAGUUGAGUUAACGGUUUGCCGUCGUCAAAUUUUCAAAUUCGUCAUACUACCAGUUCGAGUAAAAAAUGGUUCAACUACAGUAUAAAGCCCGGAGCAACAUGGUUUCACUGUGUUAUAUGUAUUGUGUUAAAUUAUUCAGCACUUAGCCAUGUGUUGAAUAUAACAUUCGAUUCAAUUGUGUUAAUAUGCACCCUUGGGUUCAGUAUACAGUAUAGCACUUAUAUAGCCAUUCAAAUUAUAAUGCACCUAUCAAAGUUAGGCCGGCGGGGGGGGGGGGCAAGGGGGCGGAAUUUGACGAGAAAGUAUGUCCCGUGUGGGGGGAAUUUGACGAUCAGUACAGUCCCGGGGGCAGGGCCAUUUGACACAUUUUGUCAUUUUGCAUAUAUAAUGAGCAGGGACACUGUGGGAUCUCAGGUACAUCUGGGAUAAAUUCUGUCACCAUGUGUCAUCAGCCCUGGAAAAUGGCGGCAAAUACUGAACACGGUAAGUGUUGAUUUUUCUCAUUUAUUUAAUAAAUAUUCAUGAAUGCCUUUUUAAUAUUCAUCACAAAUGAAGCUUUUUUGGUCUUGUAUUGUACUUCUCUUGGAGCAAUCAUGGGCGUACCGGAAGGAAAAAAUUAGGGGGGCGGAAAGAAAUUUGCCCGACUUUUCCGGAAUUUGCCCGGCAAUUACCGAAAAACAUUUUUCCGGAAUUUAUUUUGUCGACCUCCCCCCCAACCCCCCUCCCGUCACCAAAAAAAUUUCGGUCAGUGUACCAUUUUAGGGGUCAAAAAUUUUUUCAGACAUACCAAAAUUUUUCGGAACAUCAAACAAAUUUUCCAAACAUCACAAAAUUCUCCACAAAAUUAACAGAAUUUUCCACAAAAUUGACAGAAUUUGUCCCAUUUAUUUUUAUAAUAAACCAAAAUUGCCCGACUGUUGAGCGAAUAUUGCCCGACUGCCCAACAAACUGUGGGGGGGCUGCCGCCCCCCCGGCCGGUAUGCCCAUGGGAGCAAUAUAUAAAAUAACAGAAUAUAUGAACAUUUAUUUGUCAAGAUGUGGAGCCAGAGGAAUAUGUUGUCAUUUGUCAUGAAGGGAAGGAGGUAGAAUUGGAGCUUGAAGACGAUCAGUCACUGUUGUUUAGUACUCUAAAAUCUCAAUGGUUGACGGCUACUGGACUAUUCUACAGGCCGAAUGAAGAUAUAAACAAUCGUUCGAGGGGCAUUAAGAUGACUGGCGAGAAAUUUUUACCACCAAAACAUGGCUGGGGAAAUAGAAUAUACCAUGUUGUCACAAGUGAUACAACCACUACCGGUAAAUAGUAUUUGAUAUAUAAAAUUCUUGGCAUGCAAAUGACACAAUAUGAACAUUUUAAAACCAAAAUACAUCUUUGUUUUAUCGAGUAACUCUAAUUUAAUAAACUGAAGGCAGAGACAUCUAAGAUUUAUAUAGGAUAUAAGAUUUUUAUAUGUUCUGGGGUAUAAAGAAGAUUUCAUGUCAAGCAUAUUAUUUAAUAUCAAAAUAUAGACAACUCAGAUUGUAUUUUCUAUAUCAAUAAAAUAGGAAUCAGGCCACUGAAUUUUAAUUUUAAUAUAAUAUGUUUAUAUUUUAUAACAUGCAUAUUGAAACUGAUUUUUUUCCCGUAUAUUUAUACUUUAUAUUAUUAAAUAUAUUUAUACUGACAUACAGACAGACAGACAGACAGGUAGGCAGGCAGGCAGGCAGGCAGACAGACAGACAGCCAGCCAGAAUAUCUAAUUAACAUAUUUAAAGUUUGGGUAGUCAUCAUUUGCGUAUUUCAAAAUUAUAUGCUAACAUGACCCAGUGCAUCAAAAUAGAAAUAUUCAAAAAGAAGCCACAACAACCUGUUUUCUUCGUGUUACAAGUAGGCAACAACAACUUUCAGAUAACACACGAGUCAAUAUUACAAGCGAGGUUGCCAUCCUAGGGUUAGGGUAUUACAAUAUAUUCCUGUUGAGCCACGAACGUUUUGGGCCGUUUAAAACCUAGUCUUAUUACAAUAAAUAGGUGGGUUUCAGUCACGUGAUAUUUUAGCGCUUGGUGGUCAACUCCAAAAGGAAACACAGUUAUUGGGUCGAGUGAAUUAUUAUAUGUAUUGACCUUGCAUUUGCUCGCUUUCACAAGGUAUAAAGCGACAAUAUGUGUAAGAUUUAUUAUCAAGUGUUUCCCUAUGCAUUAGGCUUAGUGAAACCCACCUAUACUGGUAAAAAUUUUAAAUGGAAUAUUUAACAAAUAUAAAACAUUUUCCAUGUUGAUAUACAGUUAUAUCAACACGAGUGGAAUUGGGAAAAUGAGAUUUCGAGUUUUCCCAACUUCCACGAAUGUCAAAAGCCAGAAGGAUAAGAAAAAUUUCCGUGUUUACAAGCGGCGGAAAAUUUCCCGUGUUGACAUUGAGUUAUAUCAACAUGGCUCUUAGCCAAUCAGCGUUCAGAAUUUACAAAUGCUAUAUUAUAAACUAAUUUAUGAAUUUAAUCUCUACUUUCAAAACUCACCUUCAUACUGGUAGAUUAUCAUCCUCCUACCGGUAGAUUAUCAAUGACAACAAGUUCACUAAUAACGCCAUGUUUCUCAUUAGUAUUUUGAGUUAUGGGAAAUAGAUAACCAGAAAUUUGCUAUGUCAGUUCAAUACGGCAUUACAUAAAAAAACACAUCCAUCGAAAUGCCAUUAUAAAAACAUUCUAAUAAUUUCAAGUAAAUGAAUUAAAAAAUAUGAAUGGCAACAAUCACUACCCUCCAAAGUGAGCACAUCCUGAUGACAAUUUGUGCUUGUCAUCAGCAAUUACUUUGUUGAGGUUGGCCGUUCGUCUAUCUACUAUCGAUUCAAAUGAAAGGAAGAGAGAAAAAGAACGGCUAUCAAACCUCUUGGAAAACACAAGAAGUCAUCAAAAGAUUAAAGAAGCAAGAAUCAGUAAAGCAAAGGCUGUGCAAGAUUACAAGCUGUGCGAUCAGCUGUCUGCAGAAAUAAGGAAGCUAUUGCAAGACAGGGCAGAAUACAAAAGGCAGAUAUCCGCGAUUGAGCGAAAAGAAAAGAAAGCAAGUUGGUAGCGUAAGAAGAGUAAGUCUAAAGUUAAUGAUGACAAAGAUCCCAGAUCGCAAACGCCAAAACAGAUAACAAAAUUGUUCAAGCCAAGUCUGGAAAAGAAUGUUUCCUUACCCAAAACAAAGACCACAAAUACUGUUGGCACUGGCAGUGUUUUACACGUACCUCAAUCCAGUAGUACCAGUGAUACCUCUACAGCAUCCGCCGAUUGUUAUGCAGUGAUGCCAACUGACGUGACAGAAGUAUCAACAGAUAUUGCUGUCAUUUCUCUGGAACGCACUGAGUCCAAUUCUUCACAUGAUACGCUGAUAGUGCAUAGUUCCGACGACGAUCAGGAUUUUUAAAAUGAUCCCUCCAGUAAGAGUGAUUCUGGAGGUAAAUUGGAAAAUCUCUUGGACAUAUACAAACGCGAACAGCGAAAGAAACUAUGUGACUGUUUGAAACUAAAAAACAAUGUUUAUGUAUCUCGUUUUGAAGGACUGACUCUGUCAGAAUAUGUUAAAGUUAAAAGUUUUGUUUGUAAGACCUGUCACAAGAAAUUUGGCAAGAAAUGUUCUUGUGAUGGUUUAAUUAAAGUUGUUGAUUUCAUUGAACGCAAUGGUUACAUGAAGUUAAAAGAAGCUUUUAAGCUUUCAAGUCCACAGACGACGACGUCGUAUACAUCUCUUCAUGCACGCCAAAAACUGUUACAGAUGCCAUUAGCAGCAAUAGGAAUUGGAAGUCACGCACGGGGAACAUUAAGUUUUGUGGUCGUUCCUAAGCAACAGUCGAUUAAUUAUACUAUUUUUCAGUCACUUCUUGAAAAAAGCCUAGAGUCUCCUAAAGUUGAAUCUCUCUGCAAAGAUAAAGUAGCAGAACUUUUAUUUCUUGCCGAAAGUGAAGCUGAGAAGGAACGAUUACGAUGUGUUAUUGUUAAAGCAUCGUCCUUAUCCACUACUCAAGCCCGCAAGAUAUAUGGUUUUCAUGAUAUGGAUAAAAGGAUUAAGAACAUGAACGAAGCAGCUGCAGAAGCUCAGUCCAUUAAAGAGUGUGUUGAGAAGAUGUGUAGGAUUAAAGACAAAGCAUUAUUACGUUCCUUCGGUGUAGAUAGCGAAGGAAGUAGUUCAGAAAGCGAUAGUGAGAGUGAAAGUGAUUCUGACACCCAGGGAGAAAAAUGCGCUGAUAUGAAUAAGACGCUUUUGUCUUGUGCUCCAGAACAGAGUCUAUCUGUCCUAAGUCCUCAACAAUGUUUGGAUUUACUUCGCCUGUGUAACUUAAAUUGGUUUGAAUUUGUUAAACGAGUUCAAGAUAUGUUUAACGGUACAGAAACAGACGCAAUAGAAGAUGUUCUUUCGAAUUUUAAAGAGAACCUUUCUUCAUUUGAUAUAUCUCUAGAAGAUGAAAGAAUAAUAGAUCAAUCACACAAAGCCUAUAUCCAAAGUAAUGAUCUCCAGACAAAACAACGAAAUAUUGCUGAAGGGAUGAUAGUAUCUGAUUCUGAAUCCAGUGAAGAUGAAGGGAAUGUAUGGACUCCAGGAGAAGAAUUACUAGGAGAAAAGGGGAGAGCACUUUUGAUGAAGAAAAGAUCUGCCGUAAAAAGGAAAGCAGUGCGUGAAAUUAAGAAGAAAGUUGCGGAAAAAAGAUUUCUUAAAAGACGUCGCAGCAAAAUGGCCUCAAGAAUUUUGAAAGAUUGUCGCUACAUUCAAACGGAUAAAAGAGUACUUGGAACAAGUGUAUAA